AUGGCACAAGUUGAAGAAGUGGAAGACGUAAAAGCAUUAAAAAUCCACAACAUUAAUCUUUCCUUAUCAGAAACGAAAUCUCCGAUAUCACCAAGAGAUUCAAUAGCAUCAUCCUUAUCAUUACCUCCACCCCCCCUUCCACCAAAAGAGGACGACGACCAGUCUCCAACACCGCCACCAAAAGACAAACCACGAACUCGAAUAACUUUUUCAGGCGCCGAAGCAAUAGGUCACUCGCUCUCAAAAAAUAGUUCUGUGGCACCAAUCACAACCACAACCACAACAAAAAGAAAGACAACUGGUUCAUUGUCUUUCGAGAAUCUGAACGCCGCCUAUACUUUUCCUGGUUCAAAGAAACGUCAAAACGCGUCGUCGUCUUCGUCCGCAUCGCUUCACCCACCACCUCCACAACAAAUCUUCGAAUCUCUAUUUACACAACAACAAGAACCUACCCGUACAAAUAAUACUGCCACUAGUGAUUUCAAUCACGAAAAAAGAAAACUGGCUGGGCGUGAGAUGCGUACAAAGCUCUCACACUGGCUGAGUCUAAGUAAGUUCAGAAAAUCGAAACACGAGUCUACGAAAUCAGAGGAAACUAUUGUGGUAGAAGGAGUAGAAAGUGAUUCCGAAGCUCAAAACAUUGCAGUCCAAAGUCUGGAACUUUCGAUUUCAUCGCGGACAUUAUUUCCGGAAGACGACGACGAAUCGCCAUUUUCCACGAUGGAAUCGACGACUGCUACAACUGCUGCCACUACAAUGGAAUCAAUAAUAAAUAAAAAACAACAACAUGAACGCGAUGAUUACUUUGGAAUAGAUGUCGACUCAAUAGCAAAAUACUCGGAAUACUCCUCAGAACGAACAGACGAUGAUACGAUAAAAAAUGUAUCUGGAACAAUAAGUACGCAUACCUCUUCAAUGUUUAUAAGAGACAAUUCAAAUAGAUCGACUAUUGUGGGAAGAGACAAUUCAAAUAGGUCGACUAUUACUAAUAAUGCUACUAUACCAGCCUCGUCGUCGUCAUUAUCAAAAUCAACACCAUUAGAAAUCUCGAAAAUAAAAAAUACAAAUACGAAUUUAAAUCCUCUUCUGAAUAUUCCUCGACGUAAAGAUUCAUUGCUGUUACGGAAGGAAAAUUCUGAUCAAAAUAAUGAUUCAUCAAAUUCGAAAUCAAAUCAGGAAAAUGCGGCAAAGAUUCGAAUAGAACCAAAUUUAGAGGUUAUCAGUGAGAGUAGUGCUGCUGCAACAAUCGCUAAUGGCAAUAACAAUAAUAACAUUACAACAUUAGCGACAACAAAUGAAACUAAUGAACAUUCAAAACAUGACAAAUCUCCAUUAAAAUUAUUUACCAAAAAAUUAGUUCAGAGUUUUCGCCCGUCACAUUCCUCUAUACACGACGAGAAGAGUCAAAAAUCAAACAUUGCGACUUCCAAGGAGUCGACUCCUCUUGACGUGUCAUCAUCUCCUACAUUAGAAAUUGGAAUACUUGAAGAUGUCGAUAUUCAUACUUUGGAUGAUGGAGCGGAGGGUGACGUAUCAGCUACACAGUCUCAAGCUCAAGAAUCUAGCUUAUAUACAGCAUCUGAAUUUGAACCAUCAUCUCCUAAGAAAUCGUUAUCGCGGAUGUCUUCUUUUGCAAAAUCGUUUAAUUCCGAAAAUCCCUCUGCAUUGAGCACAACAUUUUCCGAUUCACAGUUUGCCGAAUCAGAAAUGUCACGGGCAGAUUGGCCAGUGGAAUCCGCAUGGGACGCAUUAGUAAACAUCGCAGAAUCAGAUAAAGGACCGGCACGUUUAUCCAACAAUCAUCUUUCCUACAUCCCUAGCCAUUUCUUUGACGGACUUCAUAAUCUAAAGGCGCUUUACCUUGAUCGAAAUUCGUUACGUGAUUUACCCGAAGAACUUUUAAAACUGACCAAGUUAGAGAUCCUCGAUUUAAGUAAUAAUUGCAUCUCGGAAUUUCAUCCACGAUUAAAAUUCAAACGACUGCGAAAUCUACGGCGACUGAAUCUCGAUAAUAACGGCCUAUUGGAUAUCACAAGUAUGACAAAGCUGAAAACAUUACGUGAACUACGUGUAAAUAAUAAUUAUUUGGACAAUUUAUCACCUGAUAUUGGUAGAUUAGUGAAAUUGAAAUUAUUAUAUUUGAAUAAUAACGAUCUGACGUCGUUACCUGAUGCAAUUGGACGAUUACGUAGUCUUAGUGUUCUACGACUAAAUAACAAUCAUAUUCUCAAUUUACCAGCAUCUAUUUGUGCACUACGACAACUGCAAAUAUUGGAAUUACGUGGCAAUUUAUUGUCACAAUUACCGGAGAACCUGAAGGAUCUAGAAAACCUUACGCAAUUUGAUAUUUCGGAGAAUAAGUUAUCGCAGUUACCAAAUGACAUUAUAAGGUGCACGAAACUCGUGAAACUAGAUGUGCAUAGUAAUCUCUUGGAAUCAAUCCCACUAAAGAUUGGACAAUUAUCACGUCUGGUGAACUUUAAUCUUUCCGAAAAUCGAUUAUCCACACUUCCAGCCGAUAUAGGGAAACUAACAGCACUUAUUGAUCUAGAUGUGUCAAAUAAUAGGCUUGUAGUGUUACCCGAGGAGCUCGGCAAACUCGUGAAGCUGACCGAGAUCAAAUUAAACAAUAAUCCAUCGUUGCUCACCAUACCAGAGUCACUUAAAAAAUUGCCACUUAUCAAAAAAAUUUAUUUGCAGAAUUGUAGUCUUAGUCAAAUUUCUUUUGAGCUCGGGUUAGCAUAUAAAAAAUUAACAUUUUUAGAUUUAUCGUCUAAUGCGCUCGAAGUGAUCCCGAAACUCGACGGGCUCGAUAAAUUGGUGAUUUUGAAAAUCUCCAAUAAUCGUAUAUCGGAUCUCUCAGAGCAAAUUGAACAGUUGGAAAGUUUACGCGAGUUGUAUGCUUCCAAGAAUCAAUUAAAACGCAUUCCAAAGUCGAUUGGACGUCUGAAAAAUUUGGAAAUUUUGGAAAUUUCCGAUAAUUUACUUGCCGAUCUCCCGUUAUCAAUCGGGGAUUGUCAUGCGUUACGUGAGAUUCGAUUGUCGGGAAAUAGCUCCCUGAUGAAUUUACCGACAACGCUUGGUCGAUUGAAUUUGUUGAAUAUUUUUCAUGUUGGCGAAUGGCCCGCUUUCGGAUUCACCGUCACACAGGAUGACAACCGAACCAAUAACGCAAAUCAUAUUAAAAUUAGCCCAUAUCAACAAAAAGUCCCGCAGCACGUUGAACGAACACUAUUAUGGCGAAUGCACGAUUCAAUAUUAAAACGACUACGUGAACUUGAUAACGAUCUCAUUUCUGAAUCAUUGACAGGUGGUACCGAAUCAUUAAAUGCAUCACAGCAAGACGUCACGAAUAGUCAUCCCCCGUCGCCGAUACCCUCGCAGUCACCAAGUCCCCCGGUUACCUUACUACAAAGAGACGACAUGAUCCUAAAGAUGGCCGUACUAAAAAGUGUCUACGAUCAAAUAAUAAGAGAUAUGCGGCCACUUGAGUCUGAUAAAGAUUCAAGCGGAGAUGAUGCGACAGAAUUCCCGGACGAGAGUGGAAAAAAGAAGAAAUUUAAGAAAUUAAAAGACUUUAAAUUCUUGAAUCGGGGUGAAAAAUAA